GCUGCAGCUCUCCUUAGAGUUACGUUAUGCCUGCUCCGCUCACACUGGCAGCUGGAGAGAGGGAAGACGUAAUGGUUUGAUUCCCUAUGCGCUGGCAAUGGUCGUCGCUGUGACAUUACUCGGCAAAUUCCUCUAACGGGGGGAGAGAAAUGAAGAUGUGGGAACUGAUGGCUGGACAGAUGCACAGACCGGGCCUGAGUGACAAGACGGUAACGUGAUGAAGAAGAGAGCGCUGCCUUUUCUGCAGGUUAACUCCGCUCUCCUGAAACGGCGGGGGCGUCGUCCAUGUGGGCGUCAUGCUGCGGGCUGCUGAACGAGGUGAUGGGCACGGGAACGGUGCGGACACCGCAGCCGGGCUUCGGAGCCGGGGCGGGGCCCUUCCGCUUUGCCCCCAGCGCAGGGUACUCUACCUACCCCCCCACCAGCUCAGGGAGCGCCGGGCAGCUCUGCAAGGCCUGCGGGCUGGCCUUCUCCGUCUUCAGACGCAAGCACAUCUGCUGUGACUGUAAGAAGAGUUUCUGUGCCCUUUGCUCAGUGCUGCAGGAAAACCUGCGCUGCUGCACGACCUGCCACCUGCUGCGCGGCACGGCCUUCCAGCGGCCGCGCCUCAUGCAGCUGCGGGUCAAAGACCUGCGGCAGUACCUGCUGCUGCGCAACAUCCCCACCGACACGUGCAGGGAGAAGGAGGACCUGGUCGACCUGGUGCUCUGCCACCAGGGGACGCGGGAGACCCCGAGACCCGUGAUGGAGGAGGACGAGGAGGAAGAUGAGGACGACGACACGUGCGGCGAUGAGGAAGAGGAUGGGGGAGAAGACACAGACAGUCUCCACUCGCUCCCCCACUCGCGUGCGGCGUCGCCGCCCUCCGCAACGCACUCCGCCUCCGAACAGUCGGUCCUGUCUGCCUCUCAGGGGGACGCGCUCAGCCCGAGUGACAGUUCAGGGACCCCCAGCCAGGAGCAUGAGGACACCCCGACAGCUUCCCUUUUGAACCUGGAGCCUGCUGAAAACUUCUUAGAGGUCAGCCCGGCGACGCAGAGGAGGAUCAGGGCCUCGCUGUCUGAUCUCGACAACGAGGAGGCCAUAGAAAACCUCUCGGUCCGCCAGCUAAAAGAAAUCCUCGCCAGAAACUUUGUCAAUUAUUCCGGCUGCUGCGAGAAGUGGGAGCUGCUGGAUCGAGUUCAUCGGCUUUACAGGGAAAACGAGCAGAACAGGAAAUCCAUGGAAAACGUCAGCAUAACUGCAGUGGUUGCAUAUCCUCCACCUCUUUGCAACAGUGGAGUUGGAGAUGGUGUCCGAGCUCAGCUGGCGGCGGACGAAAACCUUUGUCGCAUCUGCAUGGACGCCAUCAUCGACUGCGUGUUGCUUGAAUGUGGCCACAUGGUGACCUGCACCAAAUGCGGAAAGAGGAUGAGCGAGUGCCCCAUCUGCAGGCAGUACGUGGUGCGGGCCGUGCAUGUCUUCAAGUCCUAAAACUGAAAUGUUUUUUUCCGUUGCGUCGGAGCGCGCGUGGACCUGGAUUUAGCACGGAGGAGGAACCUGAUGCUGCAACAAUUGUGAAAGAAUUUUUUUUUUCCAGACUAGACUGUUGCCUCUGGCCUACAUUUUCUCCCCUUCGUCCCACCUUACUGACUGUCCUCCGCCUGUCCACCUGUCCUCCGGCCGUGCCAGGUCUCCCACUCUACACAGCAGACACCGACACGACUCUGCUUUAAAUCCUUACUUGUGGGAGGCAAGAGGAGGUGGUUCUGUGGACGCUUUGAGAGGGUCUGUGGCGAUAGAUUUGAGAUCCCAGGGUUUUAGAGUUGAUAAGGUUUACACUGUCAUGCCACAUGGCACUGUGUGAUCUCCCUCAGUGUUCAUUAGGAUGUGCAAUAUCAGAGAAAAAGACUUUGUGCGUGUGUGUUAUUAGAAAAAAACAUCAGCCAUUUCAUCCAUCACACACAAGGGUGCGUGUAGGGUGCCAAACAACAUGCCUUCACAGGAUGUUGUGGUGAAGAUCUCACAGUAUCCAUCUCAUAACCAGCAAGCUUGGUUUAAUAGUUUACUUUUAAUCUUCUUCAGAUCAGCUUUAGAAAACAAAGUCUGGACACGUUUUCCUGGUAAUUCAUUCAUGACAAAAAAAUAAAUAAAUCUAAAGCUAAACCCAACUUUACCUGGACCACGUCUCAGCCCCCUUAUUUGUUAAGAAAAUAUUUUUAUUGUCAAGCUUGUAAUGAUUUGAGAGCUCUGCGUAGUUUAUGGUUGUUCCUUUGGGAAAUAGAGGAAAGAAUUACCCUCUGAUUUUUGAUUAUGCUGUCAUCUACAGUGCCUUGCAAAAAUAUUCAUAUCCUUGAACCUUUUUUCUAGGUUUUUUUCCCCCUACUAUAACCACAAACCUCAGCGUAUUUCAAUGGGAUUUUGUGUGAUUGGCCAACAUCAAAGUAAGCACAUCAGUGGAAAGUGGAAAGAAAGUUAUCCGUAAUUUAAAUGUUCUUGUCCAUUCCUGAAGAGCCUGCAGUGAAAAAUUUGAUCUUUAAGGACGAAUAUUCCUGGUCAAAUGAGACCAAAAUAAAACAUUUUUAUGAGGAGGCUUAAAGUGUAAGGGAAGCUGGGUCAAGUUGGCGUGAAGAUGGAUGGAGCUAAAUAGAGGAAACACUGGAAUAAAAGCUGCUAGAACCUCCAAACUAUUACUUUGUGUUGGUCUAUCACAAAAAAAUCUUUGUGGUUGUAACGUAAUAAAAUGUGAAAAAGGUCUAGGGCAUGAAAACUUUUGCAAAUCAUCUUAAAAACCUUCACCAUCUUCUUCCACUAACUUUAUGGUUCCAUCCUAGCUAAUCAGGUGCUAUUUCCUCAUUUAUCACUGUUAGAUCAUCAACAUAAUUUUUGUCUCGUGGUCCUACAUUUUAUAACACAAAGGUAGCUGUAUUUACUUUAACCUGUUAUGCAAAUGAAACACUUUCAUGUCAAAAGAGGCAGUUAAAUCUUUUUUGAAGUACUUUGCAGGAAACUGAAUAGAUCUCAUAGUUAGCUUCUGUUGUUCAUUGAUAAGUUAUGGAUGUUUUCUUGUAAGAAAUAUGAUUUUAAAAAAAGAAGAAGAAGAAAAACUCCACUGAGUAGAGAAGGUUGAGAAUUUUCCAGAAUGUAUUCUCACUGCGUCACCGUCUCUCUCUUUGUUUGGCGUGUUUCUGUCACCAGGUCCAAACAACUGAAUCUGUUGAACACCAUUUCCGCUGUACGGAGCACUGUAACUCUGUAGGUCCUGUUGUUGAAGCUGCUGUUUGUCGAAGAUGUCAUUCACGGGCAGCUACGGUGAUAUCAGACUGGGAGAGCACUCAUAUUCACAGAUAUUUAUAUUCUGAAUGUUGAACCUUUUUAUUUUGGUUAACAGGAGAUUAAAAAAAAGGAUUUAUUAGAUUCAAUAAAAUGCAGUAUUACAAAC